AAACAUGUCAUCAUCAGCCACCCACAAACGUUCUUCUUCAUCUCCAAUGCCUCAACGCCGCCGCACUCCCCUCCACCACCCUUCACCGCCACCACCACUGCUCUCCUCCAAACCCAACCUCACCACCACCCUCUACCAUACCCACAUCGGUGUCUUCGCUGUCACUUGGUCUCGAACACUCUUUGGUCGUUCCCUCUACAUCCAUCUCCUCCCCACAACCACCAUCGCCACCGCCGACGACGAUGAUUCACUGUCUUCCACCACCACCACCUCCACUUCCUCAUUCCACCUCCAAAUUAAACCCUUCAUUUUCUGGAACAAACAUGGAUCCAAAAAGAUUCCUGUCCCCAGAAACCAAAACGAGUUCAUCCACAUCUACUACGAUCUCUCUCGAGCCAAAUUCGCGUCGGGUCCGGAACCCAUUUCAGGAUUCUACAUCGCCGCAGUUAUCUCCGGCCAAAUGGCACUCCUCAUCGGAGACUCCCCCAAACAAGCUUACUCCAAGGCCAAACCCACAAACCCCGAUAAAACCCAGAUCACCGUUCUCCGACGGGAACAUAUUUUCGGCAUAGCCACCAAAAAAUACAACACCAAAGCAACAUUCCGGGGUAAAACACGAGAUAUAACCAUAGACUGCACUCGAAUCGCCGCCGGAGAAGACUCCAGAUUAUGCUUCUAUGUGGACAACAAAAGGGUAUUGGUAGUGAAGCAUUUGAAUUGGAAAUUCAGAGGGAAUGAACGAGUAGAAAUGGAUGGAGUUCAUAUUCAAAUUUCGUGGGAUGUCCAUAACUGGCUUUUCGAUGAAGAAAUUGAAGAUGGAUACGCAUUGUUCAUGUUUAGAUUUGAGAAAUCAGGGUUUGAUUACCAUGAAGAUGACAAGUACCUAGCCAGAUUAAAUGCAUCUGGAUCUGGUCUGAUAGGAUUGGGAUCAGGAUUUGGGUUUGGAUUCGAGAAGAAGAAGAUGCAGAAAGGAAUGUCUCGAACGGCGGCCGGAAGCUCCUCGUCGUCGUCUCUGUCAUCGUUGUCGUCGGGAUGUGGAUCGGUGAUGGAAUGGGAGAGUGUGGAGGAGAAUGAACUAAAAACCCCCUCUGGUUUUUCAUUGCUUGUUUAUGCUUGGAAAAGUUAAAACCAGAUUCUAAGUAGUUUUUUUCUUUUUC